GCCGCCUCCGCCCGCUCCUCCCGCUCCUCCCGCCGCCUGCGCGGCCUCGGCGCUACGCGAGCGCGGGGAUCCGCCGCGGCCUGCGGGCCGCCAUGGCCGGGGAGGUGAAAUCCAAGCUGUCCAAGAACCUGCUGCGCAUGAAGUUUAUGCAAAGGGGCUUGGAUUCACAAACUAAAAAACAACUGGAAGAAGAAGAAAAGAAGAUAAUUAGUGAAGAACACUGGUAUCUUGAUGUACCAGAUCUAAAGAAAAAAGAGAGCUGUAUAAUAGAAGAGAGAAGCUUUCUGCUAUGUGAGGAUCUCGUCUAUGGCAGAAUGUCCUUCAAAGGAUUCAAUCCAGAAAUUGAGAAGUUAAUGAUCCAAAUGAAUUCUAAGUGCAAGGAAGAAGAAAUUGAAGAGGAUGAUAAAAUGGAGGCUGAUGUGUCWGAUGAAGAAAUGGCCAGAAGAUACGAAACACUAGUGGGAACAAUAGGAAAGAAAUUUCUGAGAAAAAGAGACCAAUGUGUGCUCAAGGAUGAUGAUGAUGAUGAUGAAGAUGAUGAAAUCGAAGAAGGGAAUAGUAACACAAGACCUAGUAAAAGAGCUAAGAAAAUGUUUUUAAAACCUCAGGAUUAAUGACAACUGCACAAGUGGAGCUUGUUACCUAAUGCCUAYCAGAGUACCAUGAACUGGAGAUUGUUUGAGUUUUUGCUAUUUAAUGUGAAGGGUGGAUUUGCAAAUCUGUUCUAUUCUCAUUGAAAUUUUUACCAUCCACAGGASAGACCUUUUUCAAAGUGGGUGUGUAUAUAAUGGAUGUUGUACAUCCUUUCCUCUCUCAGCAGCUUUUCAUGAGUGCAGCACUCAUCCCA